AUGACAGAGAAUACAUCACUCCUUUGCGCUCAUAUUGACACCACCAAACUGAAUGAUCUGAAAAUCAAACUGCUAGAGCAUUACGGUUUGAUUGUUCAAGACAUCAGCAACAUCAAUUGCUCGUUCGAACGUGCGUUAUCCCUUUGCCUAUUCGGAAAUGAAGAUGAAGCUAGAUCAAUUUCAUCAACCUUGAACAGUCAAUAUGAAUGGUCGACACAUGAUCCGUUAAAUCAGGAUCAGUUGUACAUCCUGCUAGCAAGUGAAAUUUAUGGAAUCACCAUCUACAUUCACACAGCUCAUUCCGAACAAGUUUAUCAGACAGACGACGAUUGUCCAGUUGUGCAUUUAGUGCGGCUUCAAUCAGUCGAUGAAUCUUGUGUAUAUCUACCAGCAGGAAAAGCCUCUAUGCUCCAAAAUAACCAUAAAAUCAAUACGUCAACAGAUCACACAAAUGACCAAGAAACAUUGAAUUCUUGCAAAAAGACGUCGUCCGGAUCGCGUUCUAGUCAUUCUAUGGAUGCAUCAACAUUCGACAGUCAUUGCUCAUUGAAGAUGAACACUCAGACAAUUGAAUCCGAUGGCAACUGCUUUUUCCGGGCACUGAGCUAUCAACUUACUGGUGAUCAGGAUGGACAUAUGGUUUUACGCGAAUUGAUUGCAGACUACAUGUCGAUCAAUCGUGAAAUUUACGAAACAACCGUAGAUAAAGAACAAUUCCAAUGUUGGAACGAUUUCAUUCGGCAAAUGCGUCUAAAGGGAACGUUUGCUGAUGGCACUACUGUUGCUGCAUCGGUGAUGUUUCUUCGUCGAGAUAUUGUUGUUCAUCAACGCGGACAGCGUCCACUGAUAUUCAAAACCUCAGUACCCGGUCCUAAUGACCGACAAAUCCAUUUAGCUUAUGAUAGACCAAUGCUUCACUAUCACGCUCUGUCAUCUGUUGACUCUGAUCAACUUUAUAUUGACGAAGCUGAAUGUAUAUCUGCUUAG